GCCUGUUCGCCGGAUAGCGAUUGCGACUCGCCCGCAGCGAGCCCAGUGAAGGCGCCGCCCGUGCUGGCAGAGCCUGCGGUGUCCGCCAGGGCCCUGACUGGAGGCGGCUGCUGUCCGGGUCGGGCAGCCCGGCGGUGGCGGAGGCAGCUGGCAACGGCUUUAUUGUGCGACGCGGAGCGCUCAGGCCCCCGGUGAUGUGCGGCUCGGGAGAAUGGCGCCGGUGGGGAGCGGCCGAGCGGGACUGUGGCUGUGGCCAGGCUAGGGAGUGGUGGUGAGAGGCCCCCGCCUGUCAGAACCAUCCGGGGAGCCGGGCCCUGCCGCUCCCGGCCCGGCCCGUCCCUAGGCCCCUCCCGAGUCUGUCACUGUCCUCUCCGCUCGCCCUGCUGCCAGGUGCCCUCUGCCCCGCCUAGGCUGUGCGCCCCGCUCCCCCCAACCUGUCCCCAGGUGCCCCAUCUCCCCGUCCUGCUGGUAGCUGACCACUUCUUACCCCCCCCCCCCGGCUCUGCCCUCUGCUGCCCCGCUCAGACUGUGCGCCCCGCCCUGCUGCCCCCUUCCUCCCCCAGUCGGUGUGUCCUGCCCUUACUCAACCCCUGCAGUCUGUAUUUCUCGUCUGUGCCCCUGCCCGAGUGUAUUCCCUCUUCCCUCCCCACUACAGUGCCCCUGGUCUCGUCUGCGUCUCUCUCUGCCUGUGCGCCCCUCUUCUGGCCCCUCCAGAAACCACGAGGUCCUAAGCACUGGGAAGUCGCAAGACUGCGUGCGAGGGUGUUUGUGGCAGGAGUAACUUGCUUAGCCUGGUUCCGCUCAGCUCAGUAGAAAACCGGGACGCUGAGGCCAGUGCUGGUGAGAUGACUUCUGGGCUCAGAGCUGCGAGUUUCCCCACGUGGAAACGUCACAUUGCAGAGGAGCUGAGGCGCCGGGACCGGCUGCAGAGACAGGCCUUUGAAGAGAUCAUCCUCCAGUAUAACAAGCUGCUAGAGAAGACUGAUCUCCAUGCCGUGCUGGCUGAUAAGCUGCAAGCAGAAAAGUAUGACUUACAAAGCAGACAUGAGAUCAGUCCAGGGCAUGAUGGCACAAGGAAUGAAGCUCAAUUGCAGGAAAUGGCCCAGCUGAGGAUUAAACAUCAAGAGGAGCUGACAGAGCUGCAUAAGAAGCGUGGCGAGUUGGCCCAGUCAGUGAUUGAUUUGAAUAACCAAAUGCAGCAGAAAGACAAGGAGAUGCAGAUGAAUGAAGCAAAGAUUGCAGAAUACAUGCAAAAGAUCUCUGAGCUGGAAACAGAGUGCCACGAAUUGCGCAGCAAGCUGCAAGAACUUGAGCGAGCCAAUCAAACACUGAAGGAUGAGUAUGAUGCUCUCCAGAUCACCUUCACUGCCCUAGAAGAGAAACUGAGGAAAACUACUGAAGACAACCAAGAGCUGGUCACACGUUGGAUGGCAGAGAAGGCUCAGGAAGCUAAUCUGCUCAAUGCAGAGAAUGAGAAGGACUUGAGGAGGCGACAAGCCAAGUUGCAGAAAGAGCUAGCAGAAGCUGCCAAGGAACCACUGCCAGUUGAACAGGAUGAUGAUAUUGAAGUGCUUGUGGAUGAAACUUCUGACCCAGCUGAAGAGACUUCCCCAGUGCGAGCUGUCAGCCGGACAUCCAGUAAGCGACUGUCCCAGCCAGCUGGAGGCCUUCUGGACUCUAUCACUAAUAUUUUUGGUCUGUCUGAGUCUUCCCUUUUGGGACAUCACUCUUCUGAUGCUGCCAGGAGGCGCUCUCUGUCCUCAUUUCCCGCUCCCCAGGAAAAUGUAGAUGUGCAUCCAGGUUCCAGUAAAGAAGUGAGAGUGCCCACUACUGCAGUGUAUGUCUUUGAUGCACAUGAUGGAGAAGUGAACGCAGUGCAGUUCAGUCCUGCUUCCCGGUUACUAGCAACAGGAGGCAUGGAUCGGAGAGUUAAACUCUGGGAAGUCUUUGGAGACAGGUGCGAGCUGAAAAGUUCUCUCUCUGGCAGUAACGCAGGGAUUACGAGUAUCGAAUUUGACAGUGCUGGCUCUUAUCUCUUAGCAGCUUCAAAUGACUUCGCCAGCAGAAUCUGGACUGUAGAUGACUAUCGAUUACGGCACACACUGACAGGCCACAGUGGGAAGGUGCUGUCAGCCAAGUUCUUGCUGGAUAAUGCACGCAUCGUGUCAGGGAGUCAUGACCGGACACUCAAGCUCUGGGACCUGCGCAGCAAAGUUUGUAUAAAAACAGUAUUUGCAGGAUCAAGCUGCAAUGAUAUAGUGUGCACAGAGCAGUGUGUGAUGAGUGGACAUUUUGACAAGAAGAUUCGCUUCUGGGACAUCAGGACUGAGAGCAUAGUGCAGGAGCUGGAACUGUUUGGGAGGAUCACUGCUUUAGACCUGAACCCAGAGAGAACAGAGCUCUUGACCUGUUCCCGAGAUGAUCUGCUAAAGAUCAUUGAUUUGCGAGUCAAUGCUGUCAAACAAACUUUCAGCCCUGACGGUAGCUACGUGGCAGGUGGUUCAGCUGAUGGGGUCCUGUACAUCUGGAAUGUGCUCACUGGGAAAGUGGAGAGAACUCUUGCAAAGCAUCACAGCUCCUCUAUCAAUGCAGUGGCAUGGUCACCAGCCGGUGCCCAUGUGGUCAGUGUGGACAAAGGAAACAAGGCUGUCCUGUGGUCUGAAUUUUGAUUGGAAGGAGAUGAAAGACAGUUUCAAAUGUCUCUCACUGGGAGGAUGCCGGUCCAGGGCUGGACAGAAUGGAGGCCCAAGCCUUGAUUCAUCCUUCAUGCAUUUGGGCUUCAUCCAAUGGGCUUUGCUUCUCAGAGGAGAGCUCUAAUGAGGCAAUCAAGGACGAGGAGCUGGAGGCGCAGAGCCCUUUACUGCCUAUAAGCAUGUUGCUGGCCCUCAGGCUCAGCAAAGGGUCAGCUGAUUUGGAUGGCGAAUACUACUAGUCAUGCCUUGACAUGCAGUUUCUAUGCACUGGAUGGAGCUGAAGGUACUAGCCAGAUUCCCUCACCGGACAGCUGUGCCAAAUACCCUAUUAUACAAAUGUACCUACAGCACUUCUGACUUGGACGUGUUGGAAAGACAUUUACCAUGUAUUCUGACCUAAUGCAUGUCCUGUUUCCUGUGUUCUGUUCCCAUGGAGUAGCUUAAGCAUGGGGUGAGGGCAUUCUGAAACAUGGACAGAGUGGGUCCUAGUCAAGUCUAUAAAGUGAUGGAACAGCUGUAAACUAAUUUAAAUGUUUCUGUUGCUCUGGCAGUUUUGCCCCCUGUGUUGUUGGCUGAGUUUGGGACUUCUCCAAUUCUGACAUGGUCUCUCUGGCAGUUUGUAAUCUGAGAACUCCCUGCAUCAUUUUGAUCUGUAUUUCAGGGAACUGUCCAUUCUUCAGGGAUGAUGCAUCUUUGUUAAAACUCCCUCCAAUAGCUCCUGUAGCAGAAGUACCAAAAACUGGGGAAAGGAGAAUUUUAAUUCGAACCAAUAUAUUUCCUUUUUGUUGGCGCGAGGGGAAGGGGAGGGGAGAGGGAAGGUGUAACAUCUGCAGUGGGAAUGAUGGUGCUGCUGUGAUGAGGAAUGUAUCCAUACCAAGACUUCCAGUACCAGAAAAUAAAUGUAUAGUCUCUUCUGCUGUCCAUCCGUCCUUCUCUGUUGGAGGCUGUUGGUGGAGCACGGGGGAGCAAUGGGAUUCAAUCCUGAAUGUAAUGCUCUAAUGCUGGCAAUCCCUGGCCACUUGCCCCCUUUCUGAGCACAUGUGCAAUAUUCUUCUUUGUGCUUGAACCCUUCCUGUGCCAUCGAACAGGGUUUACACCCUGUAUCCUCAGGCAUCUAAAUAUGUGAGGUGGUUGGAGGAGAACUAACUAUGAUGUUUUGUAACUUUUAUCCAGCCAAACUUUUCCACCUCAGAUGGGCCUCAAGAUAAGCCACCAGCGUUCUGUCGCCUUUUUAUUUGCACUUUAUUUUGCUUCCUUCCUGAGCUUGUUUUCUAAGGAAGUGUUUGAUGGAUUAGGAAAGAGGGUUGUUCCUAGGACAGAGGUCUUUCUCUAACCCAGCCUUUCUUUCAGACAACUUCUGCAGAGGGGAGUUGAGAGUAUACAGGGCAAAACUUUUAUUUAUUCAGCUGCCCACCAGAACUUGAUUGUAAAUAAACCUGUGUUCUGCUUUUAAAACCCA